GGGAGAGGAGAAUGUAGCCAAAGAGGCUAGCUAGCAAAAAACUGAAAAUAGUAAUGGACUUGUUAUGAAACUUUAAGGAAUGUCUCUCUCAUAACACGGCCAGCUGCAGAUGAAGAAAAAACAGCCUCGGUGCUUCACGUGCAUGAGAUGAGCACAGUGUGUGUUUAUGUAGUGAAACUGCUCUUGUUCGUGUGAAUGAGUUGUAGAUGCUUUAGCUAACGGUUAGCAGUCUAUUAUCAACAAGCUAAUACGAAAUGCCAGUGUCGUCGUCACUUUCCACCCAGAUCCUUCUUUUGAAAAGGAAUCAAUUCUCUUAAUGAUGACAAGAACUUUGAUGUUCACAUGAACAACAUUUCCCAUUCACAUGGCAAGAUUCUGCAGUUAGCAUCUAACGGUCAGCAGUUAGGGCCGUCUCAUGCCCUCACCUGACCAGGUGUGUAAGGAUGAAGAAGAUCAGUCUCAAGACGAUCAGAAAGUCACUUAACAUAAAGGGCAAAGAAGAUGGGGAUUUUGUCAUGCUCCAGCAGCCAUCUUUAGCUGCUGAGUUCACCAAGGAUGACUCUCUCUUUGGAGGUUGUUACACUAAAGCUCUGGUCGGUUGUGAUCUUAAUGUGGAGGAUGAGAAGGGUCAUAAGAACAGAUCGAAGAGCGAGAGUCUUAUGGGCACUCUAAAAAGGAGGCUGUCUACAAAACAGAAAGCUAAAGUCAAAGGAGGCCCCUCAGCAGUGGGCUCUGGGGAUGACGAUGACACCUUUUCUUCCUCGUCAGUCCCAAUAAGCUUUAGUGAAGUCAAAGCCCAGCGCCCUUUAAGAUCCUCGUCUCUCCGAAGCCAUCAUUACAGCCCUUCUCCAUGGCCUUUCAGGCCUGUGAGCUCAGAGGAAGCUUGCAUCAAGAUGGAGGUGAAGUUAAAAGCCAUGGUCCACUCUCCCAACCCUAGUCCCUCCUUCAAUGGCAUCAGAAAGGAGUUCCAUGGCGUCCAUUUAGAAGGUCUGUUCCAAGAUCAGAGAGAUUCUCUGAAGGACAUGGAGACUCAAAGUGGUAACUUGCAUUUGAACAUUGAGGAUCAUGUGCCUAUUGGACUCACACCUCAGGACUACAUCCAGUACAAAAUGCCUUUAGAUGAGGGAAUGUACCCUGGUUCAUCCCAGUCUUUUUGCUUAGAUGGCCCCUUACCUAUGGAAGUGGUAGAUCAAGUUGAAUCUAACUCGCUGCACAUGGACCAGGCCCAAGAUGAUCUCAUGCCAUCAGACAUUCUUAUGGACCAGUCAGUGAAUGGGCAUCUACCUGGUACUCCAUCAAUUGUCCUUUCCAGUUCCAGAGCCGAUACACCUUUAUUUUCUCCCUCACUCUCACCUCUUUCCACCAUUGAAAUGCCAAGGACCCUCUCCGGAUUCAGUGGUGCAGACUCUCACGUUGUGGAGAGAGUGAGGCAUCAUCUGAACUUUGAUCUCAGUUCCGCUCCCGGUGUUAGCAGGGUGUAUGAUUCUUUCCAAAACAGUGGACCCACGGUUGUUACAAGCCUUACAGAGGAACUUAAAAAACUGGCCAAGCAGGGUUGGUACUGGGGACCUAUAACUCGAUGGGAGGCUGAGGAGAAGCUAAUCAACCUGCCAGAUGGUUCUUUUUUGGUGAGGGACAGCUCAGAUGAUCGCUAUCUUCUCAGCUUGAGCUUUCGAUCACAGGGAAAGACGCUCCAUACCAGAAUUGAACACUCAAACGGCAGGUUCAGUUUUUAUGAGCAGCCGGAUGUAGAAGGUCACACUUCCAUAGUUGAUCUCAUUGAACAUUCUAUAAAAGACUCGGAAAACGGUGCGUUUUGUUACUCAAGAUCACGCUUGCCAGGGUCGGCCACGUACCCGGUUCGGUUGACCAAUCCUGUCUCUCGGUUCAUGCAAGUCCGUUCACUGCAAUAUCUUUGCCGAUUUGUCAUUCGACAGUACACACGGAUCGAUCUGAUUCAGAAACUGCCUUUACCAAACAAAAUGAAAGAUUAUUUGCAGGAGAAGCACUACUGAAAUGAGUGCAGUGGGAUACGGUAGUGAAUUGCACUUUUUGUUAAGUGAUGCAUUCUUAAAACAGUUUACAUGUAUGGAGGUAAAGGCUUGACUUGUGUCAAAAGCAUAGGUUAACAAUCUGAUCUUCCCACAAAUAUGAGCGUAAAUUUGUUGUUGCUCAGAUUCAGUGUUUAAAUUUCAAUAGGUCUCAUCAUGGCUACAUGUUUAGAAACAUUGUCAGGAUUGGGAUGCCAUUCCUAAUGAAUUUAUAGGCAUAAAGAUUAUAUGAAUAUGUACAGCAGAUGCUGUUUUGAAAGCUUUGAUUGGAUUGUGCAUUGAUGGGCAAACAGUCAUGUUGCUGUAAAUCUUCAGUGUUUCUAUGUUCUGUGCUGGAAAAAUAUAAUGUUGGCCAAAAAUUUGGCAGGAUUUCUCUCUAAUAAUCGGUACGUUUUAAUUAAACUUGCAAAUAAUCUGGAUUUUUGGUGGAAUAUGUGUAAAACUAUCAAAGAUCGAUUAACAGAUUUAGUGAAAGAACAAGUAUUUAUUCAGGAUUGAUCUUCUACAAUUGUUAAAAUUAAAAUGUUUCACUUAAAUUGUACUUUAAACAUUCUUUCUUUCCCAUUCAUUAUGUUUUUUUUUAGAUCUGUGCAACAACAAAUUGAGUCAGUCAGGUAUCAGAGCACCAAAAAAGGAAAGACUGUGAAUCACAUUCAGAAUAGACAUUAUAGAAAAAUACUUAGAUGCCUAGAAUCUUUGAUUUUCCAAAAAGGGAGCUUGCAAAGGAGAAGAGUUUUUGUUUUAUUUUUAUUUAUGUUGUGUUGUUUGAUUUAUGCAGUAUUCUGCCCUGUCAAAAUGAUUGUACCAUUUGAUCAUAUUAAAUAAUUUUUGGCUCAUAAUAUUAUGGUUCAUGAACACAAUGUUUUUUGUUUUUAAACACCAUGAUAAAGAGUGUUCACCCAAAAAUAAAACAUGUCAUCAUUUACUCACCGUCAUGUUGUUCCAACCCCACAUAACUUACUUUCGAGGUGUUAUGUGAAUGUUAGCCUCAGUCAACAUUCCCUUUCAGUGCAUCCUUUUUCAUUCAAUGAGAGUGAAUGUGAUUUAAGCUAACAUUCUGCCUAACAUCUCCUGAUGUCUACAUGUCACAUUGGAACAACAUGAGGGUGAGUAAGUGACAACAAUUUUCUUUUUUAAGUGAACUAUCUCUAAAUAUUAGAUUUUUCCGAUUGUAGACCUGGAUGAUUGUUGUCAGUUUUUAUCAUUGUAGUUGCUCUGAUUGAGUGAAGGAAUUAAAGCAGGAAAUGUUUAUGACAACCUAGCCAAACCUGAAAGCACAGUUUUAUAGAGACAUUACACCUUAAAUGGCUUAUUUAUACUUGAAUAGGCAAACGUUCAAAAAAUGUAUCUGCAAAUAUCCCAAAGGAGUUAUGCAUUCACAAUUAAAUGUGCAAAAAGUCAAUGUGGGAGAUUUUUCUUUCCUUUGCAGAACGAAAGCAGGUUUUCCCUCACCAUCUGCCCUCCAUAAUAGCAGCAUUUUAGCCUUUCAAUAUUUCAUAAACUAUGCUUUAAGCCAAAAAUGUUGCAUUCUUGGCAUUUGAGAAUUUAUUCACUGUUGUGCAUUUUGUUUGCACUACUCCUUUUCACCUACCUGUAAUCACCUCUCCUAUCACUUAAAUGGGAAUUGUCUGUUGCGUUUUUCUUUUAAUGAGAGUUUUCUUGUAGGAAAAAAACAAAUAGUCUUUGGACAUUUUUUUUUUUUUAAGUGUUGUUAAUGUUAUUUUGUGCAUUGUAGAAAGAACUAUCAGCUCUGGAUGUGACUAUAAUGAAAUGAUAAAGGAGCUUAGCUGGCAUAUUGAAUGUGUGUGAGUCAGAGCCAGAACUUUCUAUUCAUGGUUUUCACACCACACAUGGUCUAAGGCAUUUUAUGGACGUUUAAAAAAAGUGCCAAUUGGCGUUCACGAGAAACAUUGAACAAUAAAGUGUGAAACACCUUGGGGAGACUUUGAAGGUUAGCUGUCAAAUAAACACAGUUUGCCAUGUUUAAUAUUCAUCAGUGAAUACAAACCCAUGGAAUGAAUUCCUUAAAGGUAUAGUUCACCCAAAAAUGAAAAUUUAUCUCAUGAUUUACUCACCUCCAUCCCAUCCCAGAUGUGUAUGACUUUCUUCUGAUGCAGAACACAAAUGAAGAUUUCAGCGCUGUAGGUCCAUACAAUCUGAGUGAAUGGGUGCCAACAUUUUUAACUCCAAAAUCUACAUAAAGGCAGCUAAAAAUUAAGCCAUAAGACUCCAGUUGUUAAAUCCAUGUAUUCCGACAGAAUAUGACAGGUGAGGAUGAGAAACAGAUCAAUAUUUAAGUCAUUUUUUUGUCAUAAAUUCUCCUCCCUGGGGGCAAUAUGCAUGAAGGAUGUGAAUAACCAAAAACAAGGAGAAUGUGAAAGUAGAAAUUGACUAAGUAGGGAGGAGAAUUUAUAAUAAAAAGGACUUAAAUACUGAUCUGUUUCUCACCCAUACCAAUCAAACCGCUUCAAACUCUAUGGAUUUAACUACCAGAAUCAUCUGGAGUACUUGUCUGUACUUUGCCUGUAUGUGGAUUUUGGAACUUCAAAAUGUUGGCACCCAUUCACUUACAUUGUAUGGAACUACAGAGUUGAGAAAUUCUUCUAAAAAUCUUUAUUUGUGUUUAGCAGAAGAAAGAAAGUUAUACACAUCUGGGGUGGCAUGAGGGUGAGUAUAUGGUAAUUUGUGGGUGUUUUAUUUGUGUGAUACGUUUGUUUUAAAUAUGCUUAUGAGGGACCAGUUUGAGGUGGAAAAUGCUCCUUUAAAGGGAUAGUUCACCCAUUAAUGAAAAUAUUGUCAUAAUUUACUCACCGUAAUGUUUUUUCAAAACUGGAACACUAAAAGAGAUGUUGCCUCAGUCAUUUUUUUUUUUUUUUUCUUCUAUUUAAUGAAAGUGAAUGUCGAUUGAGGCUGACAUUCUGCCUAAUAUCUCUUUUUGUGUUCCACUGAAAAAGAGAUGAAGUUUGGAACAAAAUAAACAUUUUUUGGUGAACUAUCCCUAGACACACCAUAGAUGUUUGGUUUGUGGAGAAAAAUGUGCUCUCAAUAUUGUUGGCUCUGUGUGCUGUAAUGGCAAAGUUGCCAUUUUUUCCCAUGAAAUUAAGACUUGGUUAAGAGAAUUUUCUUGAAAGUAGUUGCUAAUGUCUGUAUUACUUGUAAAUUGUGUGUGUGUGUGUGUGUGUGUGUGUGUGUGUGUGUGUGUGUGUGUGUGUGUGUGAGAGAGAGAGUGAAGGAGAAAGCAACAAAAAGAGGAAUGUCUUCGGCAUGGCACAAGCUUUUCAAUUAGUUGAAAAUGCAUUUACUACAAUGUGGAAGUUGACUAAUGCAAAAAAUAAAUGUGAAGUGUUUGAUCGCAAUGUGCAUUUGUUUAAUUUCCUUUAUUUUUGCCAAAUGUGUGGAACAUAAUUAGAUAAACACUGAAAAUGUUCAGUGUUUUCUGCAGUGUGUGAUCAUGCAUUUUUGAAAACAUUGCUGGGACUCCAUCAUGUUCAAUAUUGUUUUCAUAACCUUGUAUGUAUGUUCUUGCUUGUUCGGAUUGCUGAGGUAUUUUAAAAUAAUGACAGUCAAGCACUUAAAAAGCUUCACUGAAAUAUAUAUUUUUCUGAUCUCUAUUCUGUUGUCCUUGUGCUGCGAAAGAAGGUGAAUGUUUACAUGAUAUAUUUAGUACAAUUAGUUUCUCUUUGUUCAUAAUAUCUCUUUCGAAACAUUGUGGUACAAUUUGACAAAAUAUUUUCUUUAAUGUGUCAUACAUAUUUGUUCUGCUUUACAAUUAUGAUUUAAUUGCAAAAUGGGGAGAUAGAAUGUCACCUAGUUGGCCUAUGUAUUCACAAUGACUUUGGGAUAUUCUUGAGAAAGUCAGAUGCAAAAAUUGUAAGUCAAUGUUUCUAGUUAGUGAUAAUGCUCUGAAUUCAAACCUUUGUCAAAAAGGGUUUGCUCACUCCAGUUUACAUGUCAGUUAUUGUUUUGUCAAUUUGAAUUAAUGAAAGAACAAAAUAGUGUUUUCUUGCACAUUUGAGUACUGUUGAAACAUUUUUGUAUCUGCUGGUAUAAAUUAUGAAU